UGUUACAAGGAAAACUGUUUCUCUUGUCGGACACCUCAUUUACUUUUUCCUCUUCGCUCAGGAGCAUUUUACACAGUGUACAGUCAACUCCAAGCUACUUUGUUGUUUCAUUUUCUAUCUUGUUUUCCAUCCUGCUUUCCAUCCUGUUUUCCAUCUUGUUUUCCACCAGAAUCCUGCAGAGUCCAAUGGCCAUCCUGAUAUUAAUCAGUAUUUUGUUGUUGCCUGCACCAGCUGCAUCUGAGAAUGAAGUCACUGGGAUUAUAGGAGAGUCUGUUCUCCUGUCCUGUGACCUGAAAUCAUCCACGGCCAUCGACACAGCAAGACUCCGGUUCCAUUGGCAAGACAAGUCCGAAAGAGUGUUGUACUCGUUCAACAAAGGAGAAGAGAAUCAACAUCAGGAUAGCUUUUACACAAACAGAACUAAAGCCUUUGUGUCUGAGAUGAGUUCUGGGAAUAUCUCUAUCAAACUCAGCCAAGUAACACUUGAAGACAACCGGAAUGUCUACAGUGCUUUCGCUACACUGUUUGGCGAGAAUGAUAAGCAUAUCCACACGUGUCCCACUACCCUACUUGUGGCAGCACGGUUCCCGACACCCAGUGUGACUGUGAACAAGACAAAUAUGAAUGCCACGUGUUCAACCCAGGGGGGAUACCCACAACCAAUGGUCACAUGGACCAUCCAGGACCGUGGGAACCUCACUCUGGACCCGUGGGAAGUACAGACCAAUAUUACUCUGGAUUCUGAAAGUGGACUGUACAGCGUCUGGAGCCAAGUGAAUAUAACAGAAAAUCAGACGGUGACCUGCCAUAUCUUCAACCCCGUUCUGAGAGAGACUGUGAGCAACACAACCAUCGUCAGCCCCAGCAUUAACACUGACCCUGCAGGUGAUGAUCAGGAAGGCUUUACUCCCAUCAUUAUCACAAUAGUACUGAUCAUUCUAGUAUUGAUUCUGUUUUCCAUCGGGGGUUAUUUUGUGUACAAAAAACGUUGUGGAGCCAGCGGUGGAACCAUAAAAGUUGAAGGAAAUAACCAUCAAAGAAAUGGUCAUGUUGAGACAGAGCUUUUGGACAGGUGUAGCCGGGCACCAGACAAUCUAGAGGCAGACUGAUGGGACAUUUCUUUAUAUACAGGUCCACAUAUUGGACAUAUCGGUGUACUGUAUCCCAACGAAAUCUACCUCUUCUAAUUGGAAGUAUUUGCAUGUUUUUUCAAAUAUUUUCUUAUUAAUUAGAAAAGCGUUAGAACGUCUACAGUAGAAUAAUGGUAAAUAAUGUGUCUGGAAAUGUUCUACUGUAGAAGUUCUAAAUCAUGGGAGUAUUUAAAAAAUACAUUACAAUUUUAAAGUACUUCUUUAUUCAAAUAAAAAAAAAUCCUAAUAUUUUCUCACAAAUGUCUUGGAAAGUACUUGAAAGGCCCUACAGUAAAUAGUUUACCGUGAAUGCAGGAACGAUGCAUUUCAUUUCCACUAAUGCGGAUCUUCAGUGGUCCAGAUUGAAUCCAGGCCUAAAACCAUGUAAACCUCAACACACUGGUACAGUUGUGAACUCUCAGACUGACUUAGGAGGAGACAUUUUCACUCUGCUAAACAGACCUCACUGUGUUCAACAUUAGGGACAGAUGCUACAGAUCUGU